AUGAGUUAUGAGGACAACAACUCUAAAUUAACGUCCUACUUGGUCAUUGCAUUAGUUUGCGUGUCCACCUUCUUCCUGACGUUCAUCAUAUUGAUCGUGGCAGUGAAGUUUUGUCACAAGAGAAAGCCCAGACUGUUGUUUGAUGGAGCAGUUGCUGUUCCCAGCGCCUAUCUCCCUCCCAACUAUGCAGAGGUGGAUGGAGCAGGAACUCUCCGCAGCUCUUACAAUUAUGACGCUUUAUCACCACGGCAGUACCAAAGAACCGUCUGUGAUGAUCUGAGCUACAAUAUUGAUGAAGAAACGAAGUGCCAGUAUGUGAUUGGAAAUAUAGGCAAGGAUCUCAGGAUGGAUGUGAAACAAUUAUUUGCUCGAAAGGCUCGGAUAGACAGUGAGGACAGCAGCAAACGGUACUGUGAUAUUAAUCUGAAUACUGGUGAUUUAAUCGUGGCAGAGACAAUAGACCGAGAGGAGCUUUGUGGAUCUCGAAUGUCCUGUAUUGUCAGUUAUGAGCUCGUCCUGGAAAACCCUCUUGAAGUCCAUCGUAUAAUUCUGCAAAUUCAAGAUAUAAAUGACAACGCACCACGAUUUCCAAAUGAACGUAUUAUCUUUGAAAUCAGAGAAUCGGCAGUUAAAGGCCAGCGAUUUCGUUUGGAUGAGGCGCACGACAAGGAUAUAGGACAAAAUGGUAUUAAUGGCUAUUCGCUGGCGAAGAAUGAACAUUUUACUUUGGAUAUUCACGAUAGUGCAGACGGUGGAAAAUACGCUGAACUCGUGUUGGAAAAGGAGUUGGAUCGUGAGCAGCAGAAGGAGAUAGAUAUGAUACUCACAGCCACUGAUGGUGGUUCACCGCAGAGGUCUGGCACUGCUGUCAUACACAUCACUGUUCUCGAUGCUAAUGAUAAUGUCCCAGUGUUUAGUGAGUCUGUUUAUAAAGUCACCCUGGCUGAAAAUACACCUUCAGGAACAGAAAUAAUUAGAGUGAGCGCCACUGAUGCUGAUGAAGGUCCAAACGGGGAAGUGACUUAUGACUUCAGCAGAAUAUCAGACAAAGCUGUAACAUUGUUUUCUAUUGAUAAGACAACAGGACAAAUUGUGGUGAUCGGAGAAAUUGAUCAUGAAAAUGAAAAAAACUAUGAAAUGAUAAUUCAGUCUAAAGAUGCAUCUGGAUUAGCAUCAACUGCUAAAGUUAUAAUAGAUAUAACUGAUGUUAAUGACAAUCCGCCUAGAAUCACCCUUAAAUCUUUGAAUAAUCCAGUACCUGAAAACUCUGAGCCAGGCACUGAGGUGGGAAUCAUUAAUGUUCAAGACAAAGACUCAGGAGAAAACCGGCAGAUUCGUUGCUCUGUUCAGCAGAAUGUUCCUUUCAAACUGAACCCAUCUGUUAAAAACUAUUUCUCUCUAGUGACUACAAAAGCUCUAGACCGAGAGAAAGAAUCUGAUUACAACAUUACCAUCACAGCCACAGAUGGGGGAUCUCCACCAUUAUCCACCUCCAUGACAAUUCAUUUAUUUGUCUCAGAUGUGAAUGACAAUCCUCCUGUAUUUUUGCAGCAGUCAUACAGUGCUUAUAUACGUGAAAAUAACAAGCCAGGCACUUCUGUUUGUUCUGUCAGUGCAAAUGACCCAGACUGGAGACAGAACGGGACAGUACUGUACUCUCUGGUAACCAGUGAAGUCAAUGGGGUCGCAGUGUCCUCGUUUCUAUCUAUUAAUGGAGAUACAGGGAUGAUUCAUGCUGUAAGAUCAUUUGACUAUGAGCAGUUCAGAAACUUCACUGUCAAAGUUGUUGCCAGAGACAAUGGAUCUCCACCGCUCAGCAGUAACGUGACUGUGAAAGUCUUCAUAACAGAUGAGAAUGAUAACUCUCCACAGAUAUUAUACCCUGUUCCUGAUGGAAAGUCUUUAAUGACUGAAAUGGUCCCUAAAGCGACUGUCUCGGGCUCUCUGGUGUCCAAAGUUAUCGCUGUAGAUGCUGACUCUGGACAGAAUGCAUGGCUGUCCUAUCAGAUUGUCAAAUCUACUGAUCCGAGACUGUUCACUAUUGGUCUCCAUAGUGGAGAGAUCAAAACACAACGAGACAUUUCUGAAUCUGACAAUAUGAAGCAGAACCUUGUUAUUUCAGUGAAGGAUAACGGACAGCCCUCUCGGUCUACGACCUGUGCUGUAAAUUUACUUAUUUCUGACAACCUUUCUGAAGUUCCUGAACUUAAAGAUAUGACUUAUGAGGACAACAACUCUAAAUUAACGUCCUACUUGAUCAUUGCAUUAGUUUGCGUGUCCACCUUCUUCCUGACGUUCAUCAUAUUGAUCGUGGCAGUGAAGUUUUGUCACAGGAGAAAGCCCAGACUGUUGUUUGAUGGAGCAGUUGCUGUUCCCAGCGCCUAUCUCCCUCCCAACUAUUCAGAUGUGGAUGGAGCAGGAACUCUCCGCAGCUUUUACAAUUAUGACACGUAUCUAACCACAGGCUCGCGCACCAGUGACUUUAAGUUUAUGAGCUCGUAUAAUGAAAACACGCUUCCUGCUAGUGAGACUUUGAAAAAGGAACACAAUAUUCAAUUUGGAACCAACAUGAUAACACUUGACGUUACAGGGAAUGAAGAUGAGGUAAGUGAAGUUUAA